AUGGCUAUGCGUAUGCUAACGGCGAGCGCGCUGUCGCUGCUGGUGGCCUGGACGCUGCUGGGCAACGGGCUGGUGUGCGCCGCCCUCGUGGGCUGCCGCCGGCUGCGCGCCCGGGUGAGCAGCGUCUUCCUGGCCUCGCUGGCCGUGUCGGACCUGCUGGUGGCGCUGCUGGUGAUGCCCUGGAAGGCGGCGGCCGAGGUGGCGGGCCACUGGCCCUUCGGCGCCUUCUGCCGCGUGUGGGUGGCCUUCGACAUCCUCUGCUCCACCGCCUCCAUCCUCAGCCUGUGCGCCAUCGCGCUGGACCGCUGCUGGGCCGUGUGCAGCCCCUUCGGCUACGAGCGCCGCAUGACCCCGCGCCGGGCCCUGGCCGCCGCCGCCCUGGCCUGGGCCCUGGCCCUCGCCGUCUCCUUCCUGCCCGUCCAGCUCGACUGGCACCGCCGCCCCGACGCGGCGGCCCCGCGCGACGGCAGCGCGCCCCCGCCGGCCCGGCGCUGCGACGCCCGCCUGAACCGCGCCUACGCCCUCUCCUCGUCGCUGGUCAGCUUCUACAUCCCGGGGGCCGUCAUGCUGGUGGCCUACGGCCGCAUCUACCGCGUCGCCCGGGGCCAGAUCCGGCGCAUCUCCUCGCUGGAGCGGGCGGCCGAGCGGGCCCGGCGCUGCCGCGGCGGCCCCCGGACCCCGACGGCCCCGCCGCGCGCCGCGCCGCGCCACGAGGCGCGCGUGCUCCGGACGCUGGCCCUCCUCGUGGGCGUCUUCGUGGGCUGCUGGCUGCCCUUCUUCGUGCUCAACUGCCUGGCGCCCUUCUGCCCGCCCGGCCGCGACGGCGCCGGCCCGCCCUGCGUCAGCGACGCCACCUUCGACGUCUUCGCCUGGGUCGGCUGGGCCAACUCCUCGCUCAACCCGCUCAUCUACGCCUGCAACGCCGACUUCCGCAAGGUCUUCUCCGGCCUGCUGGGCUGCGGCCACCGCGGCCCCUCUGCGCCCCGGGAGACGGCCAACCUCACCCGCGAGCUCCUCUCCUGCCGCCACGACCCGCUCCCGCCGCCCCGGCGCCUGCCCUCUGCCUGCCCGGCCGGCAGCCCCCACACCCCAGCCCCCCUGCCCUGCCCGGGCACCGGGCCCCAGUCGCCCGAGCCCACCGACUGCCAGCUGGAUCUCUCGCUUGGUGCCCCGUCCCCCUGCACCCCCCAGGGGCUGUGCUGA